AUGUCUGACGCUAAAUAUUUUCAAAGAGGAAAGAUUCAAGAACUUCGAUCCGAAUUAAAUUCGGAAAAAAAAGAUAAACAAUAUACAAAGAAAAAAACAGUUUUGAAAAAAAUAGUAGCAAAUAUGACAAUGGGAAAUGAUAUGUCACCUUUAUUUUCUGAUGUAAUUAAUUGUAUGCAUAUACCCGUAUUAGAAAUAAAGAAAAUGGUUUAUCUUUAUCUUAUUAACUAUUCAAGAUCAAAACCUGACAUGGCUGUAAUGGCCAUUCCAACUUUUAUUAAGGAUGUGGAAGAUCAAAAUCCAUUGAUAAGGGCAUUAGCAAUAAGGACAAUGGGUUACAUUAAUGUAGAUAAAAUAGUUGAUGCGUUAGUUGAUCCAUUACGAAAUUCUUUAAAAGAUCAAGAUCCAUACGUUCGUAAAACUGCCGCAAUUACAGUGGCGAAGUUGUAUAUGCAUGAUAAAGCUUUGGUGGAAAGUAAAGGAUUUAUUGAUAUUUUAAGAGAUCUAUUAACCGAUCCAAAUCCAACUGUGGUUGCAAAUUCGGUUGCUGCUUUAACUGAAAUUUCUGAACGUUCAGAAAAUAUUUCAGUAAAAUUAAAUACGACCAUUGCUUAUAAAUUAGUUAGUGCCCUUAACGAAUGUUCCGAAUGGGGACAAACUUAUAUACUUGAAUCGUUGAUGCUAUGCGUUCCUCAAGAAAUGGGAGAUGCAGAAAUGUUAUGUGAACGUAUUGCACCACGUUUACAACAUGCAAACUCGAGUGUAGUAUUAACAGCAGUUAAAGUAAUAAUGUAUUUAUUGAAUUAUAUGACAAAAGAAGAAGAUAUUAAUAAUAUGUGUAGAAAAUUAUCUCCACCAUUAGUGACACUUCUUUCAAAUGGACCUGAAGUACAAUAUGUUGCUCUUCGUAAUAUUUUAUUAAUUAUACAAAAAAGACCUGAAGUAUUAAGAAAUGAUAUGAAAGUUUUCUUUUGUAAAUAUAAUGAUCCUAUUUAUGUUAAAUUAGCAAAAUUGGAAAUUAUGUUUCGUUUGGCAAAUGCGCGUAAUGUUGAUCAUGUUUUAUCUGAAUUAAAAGAGUAUGCUACAGAAGUUGAUGUUGAUUUUGUGAGAAAGGCUGUAAGAUCAAUUGGAAGAUUGGCGGUAAAGAUAGAAGUAACAGCCGAUAAAUGUAUAUCGGCAUUAUUAGAAUUAAUACAAACCAAAGUAAAUUACGUUGUACAAGAAGCCAUAGUAGUUAUUAAAGAUAUUUUUAGAAAAUAUCCUAAUCAAUAUGAAAGUAUUAUUGGUACUUUAUGUGAAAAUUUAGAUAAUUUGGAUGAACCCGAAGCAAAAUCCGCUAUGAUUUGGAUCAUUGGCCAAUAUGCCGAUCGUAUUGACAAUUCCGAAGAAUUAUUAGACGAUUUUCUUUUCACGUUUUUGGAGGAACCUGUUGAAGUACAAUUAAGUUUAUUAACUGCUACCGUAAAAUUGUUCAUUAAAAAACCCACGGCCGGUCAAUCUCUUGUACCUAAAGUAUUAAAAUGGGCUACUGAAGAUGUAGAUAAUCCAGAUCUACGUGAUAGGGGUUAUAUUUAUUGGCGAUUACUUUCAACCGAUCCUACUGCCGCAAAGACUGUUGUAUUAUCUGAAAAACCAAGGAUUUCAACUGAAAGUGAUAAUAUGGAACCUUCUUUGCUCGACGAGCUGUUAUUACAUAUUUCAAGUUUAUCAUCAAUCUAUCAUAAAUCUCCUCAAACCUUUAUUCAUCAUUCUAAACCAAGGCAAUUAAUUAUUUCUCCCGUAUUAAAUAGCAGAAAUCCUGAUCAAAAUGGUAAACAACGUAACACUUCUUUAUUUGAUGCUGAUUUAAACGAUCUUACUUCCGGUAAUCUUGGUAAUUACGAGUCAAAUCCUUAUCAUGUAGAUGUUGUAAAUAUUGGCGAUCGUACGCCUAAUAAUUUACUUUUAGAUCUAUAA